AUGCAGCGGCGGCAUAUUGGCCGUUGGCUUUCGCAACGGCAGCAUUUCCUUCUACGACGCGAGGGUGCGUUUAGGACGCUCAAGUUUUGUUCAGAGGUUGACUGCAAGAACCGAAAGGGGAAAUUUGCAAAAGGGAGAAAGGUGACUAGCUUGGAGUGGCUGCCGGACGGGACCUCUUUGCUGGUCGCCACCAACGACUCUCGCAUCCGCAUCUUUGAUGUUUCUAGCUUGACUUGCGUCUACAAAUUCAAGGGCCAUGUGAACGCGCAAAUAAUGUUGAAGGCGAGCUACACAACCAACGGGCUGGGGGUGGUUUGCGGCAGCGAGCUGGGGCGGAUAUGUUUCUGGAGGGUUUCGGGCCCCUCAGGGGAGGUGCUAGACGACAGCAGGACGCGACUGCAGCAGUGGAAGAGAGUCACAAACAACUCUCCAGAAGAGUUUAAGGGGUUUGGCGUUUGA